GCGCCCGGCGGUCCAUGCCUCCGCCGCCGCCGCCCGCCGCCGGCGUCGCGAUGGAUUUCGGUCAGAACAGCCUUUUCGGCUACAUGGAGGACCUACAGGAACUCACCAUCAUCGAGAGGCCGGUCCGCCGGAGCCUCAAGACCCCAGAAGAGAUAGAGAGAUUGACGGUUGAUGAAGACCUCAGUGAUGUCGAGAGGGCUGUUUAUCUGCUCAGUGCUGGUCAAGAUAUCCAAGGAACGAGUGUGAUCGCAAAUCUUCCAUUUUUGAUGCGACAGAAUCCUACUGAGACAGUUCGAAGAGUUUUGCCAAAAGUCAGAGAAGCGCUGCACGUUGCGGGAGUGGAAAUGCAGUUAACGGCCGCAGUGGCAUUUCUGACCAUCCUGCAGGAAGAGUCAGUGUCCAUCCAUGCUUAUGCCCACUCCUUCCUCCAAGUUAUUCUCCUGCACCUGGAGCACAGGGACGCAGGUGUCAGCAACGCAUGGCUGGAAACUCUCCUGUCUGUGAUAGAAGUAUUGCCAAAAGAAACCCUAAGACAUGAGAUUUUGAAUCCUCUUGUUUCCAAGGCACAGCUGUCCCAAACAGUCCAGUCUCGUUUAAUUAGUUGUAAAAUUUUAGGAAAAUUGACCAACAAAUUUGAUGCCCAUACCAUUAAAAGAGAAAUACUUCCUCUGGUAAAAUCACUCUGUCAAGAUGUAGAAUAUGAAGUCCGAUCUUGUAUGUGUCGGCAAUUAGAAAAUAUAGCUCAGGGAAUUGGGACAGAACUUACAAAGAGUGUGGUGCUCCCUGAAUUAAUAGAACUCUCUAGGGAUGAAAGCAGCAGUGUGCGACUUGCAGCUUUUGAAACUUUGGUAAAUCUACUCGAGAUAUUUGACACAGAUGACAGAAGUCAAACUAUACUUCCCUUAGUGAAAUCAUUUUGUGAAAAAUCUUUUAAAGCAGAUGAAUCAAUUCUUAUUUCUUUAUCUUUCCAUUUAGGAAAACUAUGCCAUGGACUAUAUGGAAUUUUUACUCCAGAUCAACACUUGAGAUUUUUGGAGUUUUAUAAGAAGCUUUGUACAUUGGGUUUGCAACAAGAAAAUGGACACAAUGAUAACCAGAUUCCUCCCCAAAUCUUGGAGCAGGAGAAGAAGUACGCUUCAGUACGGAAGAACUGUGCCUAUAACUUCCCGGCCAUGAUUGUUUUUGUUGAUCCUAAAAACUUCCACAUGGAACUCUAUUCUACAUUCUUCUGCCUUUGUCAUGACCCUGAAGUACCAGUCAGAUACACUAUUGCUAUUUGCUUUUAUGAAGUGUCUAAACUUCUGAAUUCUGGAGUAUAUUUAAUACAUAAAGAACUGAUAACAUUAUUACAAGAUGAAUCACUAGAGGUACUAGAUGCUCUUAUAGAUCAUCUUCCAGAAAUCUUGGAGCUUAUGUCUACUGGUGGUGAAAGCAGUAUUCAAGAAAAUAAGCUGUCCUCUCUGCCUGACUUGAUCCCGGCACUCACAGCUGCUGAGCAGCGAGCCGCAGCCUCUCUGAAGUGGAGAACCCACGAGAAGCUGCUGCAGAAAUAUGCCUGUCUGCCACAUAUCAUAUCAAGUGAUCAGAUCUACUACCGUUUCUUACAAAGAAUGUUCACAAUCAUGAUGACAAAUAAUGUCUUACCUGUCCAAAAGGCAGCUUCACGAACUCUAUGCAUUUUUCUACGAUACAAUCGUAAACAAGAACAGAGACAUGAGGUCAUUCAGAAAUUAAUUGAACAACUGGGCCAAGGAAAAAGUUACUGGAAUAGACUUCGAUUUUUGGACACCUGUGAAUUUAUCAUAGAGAUUUUUUCAAAAUCAUUUUUCUGUAAAUAUUUCUUUUUACCUGCUAUAGAGCUGACACAUGAUCCAGUAGCAAAUGUGAGAAUGAAACUUUGCUGUCUGUUGCCCAAAGUGAAAUCAACUCUGAAGAUUCCUGCAGAUAAGCAUCUGCUUCAGCAGUUAGAAAUGUGUGUGAGAAAACUCCUGUGUCAAGAAAAGGAUAAAGACGUGCUGGCUAUCGUAAAAAGAACUGUGUUGGAAUUGGACAGAAUGGAAAUGUCUAUGGACGCUUGUCAUUUUAAACUUCAGUUUCAGAAAAAGUUUUAUGAAAAAGAUUUGUUGGAUCAAGAGAAAGAAAGAGAAGAACUGCUUUUUUUGGAAAUGGAGCAGUUAGAGAAGGAGAAGCAACAGAAUGAUGGAAGGCCCUCAAGUGAUAAAAUCUUUGAGAAGAAACGCAGAGAUACAAAGGCACCGACGCAAAGUCUGCCCAAGAGCCUCCCCAUUUCUGUUCCUGGAGCCUCUUCUAGCAGCCCAUCAACAAGCAAAGAAAUCAAGAAGUCCAAAUUGAUUCGAAGCCAAUCUUUUAAUAAUCAAGCUUUUCAUGCAAAAUAUGGCAACUUAGAGAAAUGUGCUAGUAAAACUACAGCAGGAUAUACAUCUUCUCUCUCAGGGUUAACAAAGAAUUCUGUGCUUUCACUAAAUGAUGACUCAUUCCGGACUCGGAGUGCCAGUAGCGCUCCAGCCUCCUUUUCCUCCAACCCGCCUUUACCCAGUACCUCCCGUGGGACAGUUAGCACAGCCGACCCAAAGAACAGUGGAAGUAAAGACACACAACCUCGGAAGGCCACCUUAAAAUCCAGAAAAUCCAACCCUUAAAUCAACUGCUGUUGAAGGAGACCAAAGCAAAGACAUCAGGACAAAUAUGAUUGAUGGACAAGUUGGAAGCAGUGGCUGGAGCUUCUUUCUUUCUUUCUUUUUUUUUUUUUUAUGUUUUUGUUUGUUUUAAUGAAUGGAAAAAGACAUAAUGACAGCUUAUGUUAAACUUAACCAUAUUUGAAGUUAAAUUCCCUAAGAGGUAUAGUAUAUAUUUCUUGCAUAAUAAUGUGGUUACAGAAUUCCAAUGUUACAGUGCAUUGUAAUGAAAAGAACUUCAGAUGUGUGCUUUAACUACGACUUCAAAAAACAGACAAGACUGCCUUCAUUUGUGCAGGAAGUGAACAGUUUCAUUUUUCUAGAGUUUUUGUGUUUAGCAAUCGUAUGACAGUCCCAGAGGGAUGAAAUUGCCUUUGCUGGGUAACCACAGGAACAAGGGCUUGGGAGGUAAAGAAGAGACCACGUAGCUCUCCACACCAAGCAGAAAAGUCAAACCCAAGCCCUGUCUGCAAUUUUAUAAGUCCUGUGAAGGGACACUGUAUCCUACAUGGACAUUCCCAAAUUUAGAUUUGGCAAAUAAAAUCCUGCAAAGAUUUCUGAUAACUUUGAGCUACAAAUACCUUAAAAAUAAUAGAUCGAUGAUUUCCUUUGUUUCCUAGGAGAAUUUCUUUUAUAAAUACUUUGUUUACUUUUUAGAAUGUAUUUGUCUAUAUUUAAUUUAAAAUGAUGAGUCUAGUUUGAAUCAGCUGUUAUUCCAAGCUAUCAUGCUUCAGCUGUGUCAACAGCAUUUAUUUGUACUAAUGCUAAUAUUUCCAUCAAAAUUUGCCUGUGGAACAUAUACAGUUCUUAAUUUUAAAAUGUCAGUUCUUAAGAUAUACUGUAUGAAGCUAUUGUCAGCUUCUCUAUUUCAAAAUGCAAUCAACAUAUAACUAUAUUGAUAUUAGAAAAUAUUUGCUUUUUUAAUAUAUUGAUGUAUGAUAAAGAUGAUCUAAUUUGUGAAUGCAUAUGCGUGUGUGGUUACUUUUUAUAAUGUGAAAUGGAUAAUGAAUUUACUCAAAAUAAAACAUAGGUUAAUGAGA